AGGCUCGGCGCUCAGCGAUGAUGUCAGCUCCGGUUGCCUUGCUGAGUCGGAAGUGAGAACCUUUUGGUCGCUGUAGCUCUGAGGUGUCGUUCCUGCCCUUCCAGGCUCUGGUACUUUUAUUUUCAUGUGUAAGCUCAAUGACUAAGUCUAACCUGGGAUCUCCACCGAGGUUCUCAACAGGUGACCGAUCAACCCUCCUUUUUUCCUCUGCUCCCCCUAGGGCUGGAUGGAGGAUACCUUAAAGUGAAAUGACAGACCAGGAGAAUAACAACAACAUCUCAAGUAACCCCUUUGCUGCUCUUUUUGGCUCCCUGGCUGAUGCCAAGCAGUUUGCAGCAAUCCACAAAGAGCAGCUGAAACAGCAGUCUGGUAGUGUGUUUGGUUCUGAGGAAGGAGCAUUGUGUAACAGCCUACAUGUUCCGGCAGAUGAGCUCCCAGCAAGCCCAGAUGACUCGGAUAAUAGUGUGUCGGAGAGCCUGGAUGAGUUUGACUACUCAGUGUCUGAGAUCAGCCGCUCUUUCCGGACACACCAAGAAAUGUGUGAACAACUCAACAUCAAUCACAUGAUCCAAAGGAUCUUCCUCAUUACUCUGGACAACAGUGAUCCAAACUUGAAAAGUGGGAACGGCAUCCCCAGUCGGUGCGUGUACUUGGAAGAAAUGGCAGUGGAGCUGGAAGAUCAAGACUGGCUGGAUAUGAGCAACGUGGAGCAGGCCAUCUUUGCUCGGUUACUGCUUCAAGAUCCAGGAAACCACUUGAUCAGCAUGACUUCCUCUGCAACUUUAAACCUCUCUGCUGAUCGAGAUGCAGGAGAGCGGCACAUCUUCUGUUACCUUUACUCCUGCUUCCAAAGAGCCAAGGAAGAGAUUACCAAAGUUCCAGAAAACCUACUCCCCUUUGCAGUGCAGUGCAGAAACCUCACUGUGUCCAACACGCGAACAGUUCUCCUCACCCCAGAGAUCUAUGUUGACCAAAACAUCCAUGAGCAGCUGGUAGACUUGAUGUUGGAAGCUAUUCAGGGAGCCCAUUUUGAAGAUGUGACUGAGUUUUUAGAAGAGGUCAUUGAAGCCUUGCUGUUGGAUGAGGAGGUUCGAACAUUUCCUGAAGUCAUGAUUCCAGUGUUUGAUAUUUUACUUGGCCGAAUAAAAGAUCUGGAACUCUGCCAGAUCCUCCUGUACGCAUACCUGGACAUCCUUCUCUAUUUCACCAGGCAGAAGGAUAUGGCCAAGGUUUUUUUAGAGUACAUUCAGCCCAAGGACCCUAGCAAUGGGCAGAUGUAUCAGAAGACCUUGCUGGGAGUCAUUCUGAAUAUCUCGUGCUUGUUAAAGACUCCGGGUGUGGUAGAGAAUCAUGGCUUCUUCCUGAAUCCAUCCCGUUCCAGUCCUCAGGAGAUCAAAGUACAGGAGGCCAACAUCCAUCAGUUCAUGGCUCAGUUCCAUGAAAAGAUCUACCAGAUGCUGAAGAAUCUGCUCCAGCUCUCUCCAGAAACCAAGCAUGGUAUCUUGUUCUGGCUUGGAAACUGUUUGCAUGCAAAUGCAGGCCGCACCAAGAUCUGGGCCAAUCAGAUGCCCGAAAUCUUCUUCCAAAUGUAUGCCUCGGAUGCCUUCUUUCUGAAUCUGGGUGCUGCUCUCCUGAAGCUGUGCCAGCCAUUCUGCAAACCCAGAUCCUCUCGGCUCCUCACCUUUAACCCCACAUACUGUGUCCUCAAGGACUUGAAUGAUGAAGAACGAAAAAUUAAAAGUGUACAUAUGAGAGGUUUAGACAAGGAGACCUGUCUGAUCCCAGCUGUGCAGGAGCCAGUGUUCCCCCAGAGCUACAAUCUGGUGACCGAGAACCUGGCCCUGACCGAGUAUACCUUGUACUUGGGAUUUCACAGGUUGCAUGAUCAGAUGGUAAAAAUCAACCAAAAUCUGCAUCGGCUGCAGGUUGCCUGGCGAGAUGCUCAGCAGAGUUCUAGCCCUGCUGCUGACAAUCUCCGUGAGCAGUUCGAGCGCCUGAUGACCAUCUAUCUCUCUACCAAGACUGCAAUGACUGAACCCCAGAUGCUGCAGAACUGCCUGAAUUUGCAGGUGUCCAUGGCUGUUCUGCUGGUUCAACUGGCCAUAGGCAAUGAGGGCUCUCAGCCAAUAGAGCUAAGUUUUCCCCUGCCAGAUGGCUACAGCUCUUUGGCUUAUGUGCCAGAAUUUUUUGCAGAUAACCUAGGUGAUUUCCUCAUUUUUCUCCGGCGCUUUGCUGAGGACAUUUUGGAGACGUCAGCAGAUUCCCUGGAGCAUGUCCUUCAUUUUAUCACCAUUUUCACUGGAAGCAUAGAAAGAAUGAAGAAUCCCCACCUGAGGGCCAAACUAGCAGAGGUGUUAGAAGCAGUGAUGCCUCACCUGGACCAGACCCCAAGCCCCUUGGUGUCCAGUGUGUUCCACCGGAAACGUGUGUUCUGCAACUUUCCAUACGCUCCCCAACUCUCUGAAGCCUUGAUCAAGGUUUUUGUGGACAUCGAAUUUACAGGGGACCCCCACCAAUUUGAACAGAAGUUUAAUUACCGCCGCCCUAUGUAUCCCAUCCUAAGAUACAUGUGGGGGACAGAUUGCUAUCGGGAGAGCAUUAAGGAUUUGGCUGACUAUGCCUCUAAGAAUUUAGAAGCUAUGAAUCCCCCACUGUUCCUCCGAUUUCUUAACCUGUUAAUGAAUGAUGCUAUCUUCCUUUUGGAUGAAGCCAUACAGUAUUUGAGCAAGAUAAAGAUUCAGCAGAUUGAGAAAGACCGAGGAGAAUGGGAGAGCCUGACGCCAGAAGCCCGCCGAGAGAAAGAGGCAGGUCUGCAGAUGUUUGGGCAGCUGGCACGUUUCCAUAACAUCAUGUCCAAUGAAACAAUUGGGACCCUUUCCUUCCUGACAUCAGAGAUCAAGUCACUGUUCGUGCACCCGUUCCUGGCCGAGCGCAUCAUCUCCAUGCUCAACUACUUCCUGCAGCACCUGGUUGGCCCCAAGAUGGGUGCUCUCAAAGUCAAGGACUUCAGCGAAUUUGAUUUCAAACCUCAGCAGCUUGUAUCAGACAUCUGCACUAUCUACUUAAAUCUUGGGGAUGAGGAGAAUUUCUGUGCCACUGUGCCCAAGGACGGACGUUCCUAUUCCCCUACUCUCUUUGCACAGACAGUCCGAGUCCUGAAGAAAAUCAAUAAGCCCGGGAAUAUGAUCGUGGCUUUCAGUAACUUGGCAGAGAGAAUCAAGUCUCUUGCAGACCUCCAACAACAAGAGGAGGAGACAUAUGCAGAUGCCUGCGAUGAGUUCCUGGACCCCAUCAUGAGCACACUGAUGUCUGACCCUGUGGUGCUUCCGUCUUCCAGAGUCACUGUGGACAGAUCCACCAUCGCCAGGCAUUUACUCAGUGACCAAACAGAUCCUUUUAAUCGUAGUCCCCUUACCAUGGACCAGAUCCGGCCAAACACAGAACUGAAAGAAAAAAUUCAACGGUGGCUUGCAGAGAGGAAGCAACAAAAGGAGCAGCUUGAAUAAACACUGUGAACUCUGCACCGUGAACAUGCCCCAGGGUGUAGACAGUUGCUUGUGCUUUCUCUCUUUCUGCCUCUGAUCCUCUCCCUUUUCUUUGUUCGGUUUUGUUGGUUUUUUUUUUGGGGGGGGUGGCGGUAUUUCAUUCUUUGUUGUUUAAAUUAGAAAAUUGUUCUUGUGCAAAUUAUGAUAAUUACGAUUUUUAAGACCUUGUUGUUUCCCUGGCUCACAGGAAAUUCUCCUCACAGCUUCUUUAUAAAUCAUCACUAAUUUUCAGCCUCGGUUUUCCUAUACUUCUUACUUCCUUUUCUACCCUAAAUUAUAUUAAGUCCAACAACAAAAAUGUCCUGCCAUUUUAUUCUUUCCCUUCCCAAGGACGGUUCAGACAUUUUUUUAGUGAGCACUGCUUUUAAGUCUAUGAUGUCAGUCCUUCAGUGCCAGCUGAUGACAUCCAAGCCCCUACUGUCCUGGGUAUUUACUACCCAUAGGGUCUGGGCUCAAGCACCUGGCCUUACUAUAGCUCUGUAAUAUUGCAGAGUCGCUUUCCACAUAAAUGCAAAUACCUUAGUGUGUGUAUAGAUUUUCUGGCUGAUGGAUGAGGUAAUCUUAUACAACGUUUGUAUUAUCUUGUCACUUAAUGAUACCAUCACAGACACUCCUAUGAGGAUCUCACCAUCAAAAAAGUAGCUGUAGGAUCUUUCAGUGAGUGACAGUGUUAUAUGGAACUUCCAGUAAGAGGAUAAAUAAGCCGUGGGGCCCUUUUCUCUUUUGUGCUUCAAGGACUAGGCCUGGGUAAAAUACGCAAUAAAUAUUGUAUCUAUAUGAAAAUGUCAUUUUAGGACACUUAAUGCAGUAUAUGUAUGUGUUAAACACACAGAUACUGUGUCCUUUUUUUAUUGGUCUCAUUUAAUUGAGUGCCACAUUAUAUCAUGUCUUCCCGAGUAAGAUUUAUAUAGUGUGUGGCAGUGUUUUCUCACUUACUUGUUCUAGUCAGGUAAAACCCGAAGACUAUACGAUGUACAUAGCUAGUGUUUGGGCUGUGACCUGGCUUCUAAGAGCUGCUUCUCACCUAGCCUUAGUUUAUCAAUUAAUAGAGAUUGAAGCAAAAUCUUGCCCCCAAGCCAUUUUAAAAAUCUACUUAUCUCUGGGUAGUUAAAAGUGGUUCUGCCCCACUUCUCCAACUGUUUUGCUGUAAGGGGCUCAGUCCUUUGUGGGAUGUUUUUAUAUCAUAUCAAUCUCAGCCCCGAGGUGUAAAGGACAAGAAAAUGUGGCUGUAGCUUCUUUUACAGAACAUUACUGUUCCAAAAGAACAUACGAAAGCAGUGUUUCAGUUCCAACACAGUUGCAAUAGCAGUCCUUUGUGUGUUUUUUUCUUGUUAUCAACUGGAAAACUUGUGAUUAGAGAGAGCACCUCACUCUGGCUAUUAAAGAAUGUUACCUGUUGUAAACAGGGACGCCUCAGGCAUAUCUGUAAAUGCCAAAAGGUUAAGGCUGAUUCAGUGUGCCCCUGGGCCUUUAGGUAUAUGUUGACAGGAUUUCUUUUCUUAGGUGAACUUCAUUUCCUGUCUGUAGUAGUCUCCUUUCCCUCUCUGGCAAUGAACUGCAUAUGAAAUAAGCUUCUACCCGCUGCUCUGAACUUUUCCAAAGCUAAUGUGGGAGGAUGCUUUUACACUCUUAUUUGAAAAUGAGGGAAAGCCCAGUUUUACAAGUGAAAACUGGAGGAAAAUAGGUACAGACCCUCCAGAAGACAGCUGUUCCCAGCAGCUUUCUGGCGGAUGAGCUCUGAGCUGUCUCUUGUCUCUGUCUGUAUUCUGAACUGAACUGAACCUUCAGACUGUAAGCCUCUUUGGCAAGUUUGUGUUUUGUUUUGUUUUUUAAGCUCUUCUGAUACUUUUCUAUGAAUGGCUGUGACACCACUGAGGCUGCUGAAUACCUUUAAUGACAAAAGCAAGUGUGUAGCUUAAGGCCACUGUUGGUGAGGAAACCAAGUGUCCUCUGUGCCUUCUUUCUGUGAACUAAUUUAAAGACAUCCAGAAAAAGAAACUCUAAGGACUCCCAUCCUGGUACAAUAAGACACAUAUGUGCAUGUGCAAAGGUCAAAGGGUGUCUUGUCUGGAACUCGGCCGCAGCUGUAAAUCUGUUAAGACUUCCUGACAUACCAAGUUUUACGUGAUGACUUUGCUGGAGGACAAAAGGAAAGUGAAAACUUCAGUCAGCUCAUAACUCACCAAGAGGCUAAUACUAAACUUGGAAAAUCAUUUAGAGUUCAAGCAGUUGUUUGUUUAAUAUAGCUUUCUGUGGGUGUGUGAAAAUGGAGGGCCACUUGAGAAGUAGCCUGACAGAACAGGCGAAGGUGCCAGUUGCUGCUCAGCACGCCACUCUACAAAAGCUUCAUUACUUUAUUUGGUUCUGGUUGCUAAGCAGCCAUUGGGCAAAGCCCACUGGGUACCAUGACAAGCCAGACUGAUGCCACAUCGUUGGCAUGUGAGGAAAUAGUGCACAUGUUCUAACUGCUAAAUGGGGAAGAACCUAGAGCAGAAAAGGAAGAACAAAACAGCAAAAAGGUUGGACUGAAAUCAACUCGAUCGACAACUGUAUUUGAAACAUUCCAGGAAGGUUACUUUUUGUCAGACUUGCCUGGGGGGAGUUUGCUCAAAACUUGUAUUUAAUAAAUGAGCAGCUGACUUACCA